AUGGUGAGGUGGGUGUGGGAGACGGUUGAGGUGUGGGAGCGGGACGGGGGCUUUGAGGCUGUGGUUGAGGUUGAUGCUGGGCUGGUAGAAGUACAGCAGCAGCAGGUGGGAGAAGGUGAAGGGGGGAAUUUGGUUGGGUUUGGGGAAGAUAUGGAAGUGAGUGUUGAUGAUUAUGAGAGGAGGAUAACUACUUGGAACAAGAAGGGUAAAGCAGAGAGCCAACUUUUAUACGCCAACAUUAAACAUGACGAAUAA